AUGGCUCCACACCACACAUCCUUCCUUCGCCUUAUCCUCCACCUGUCUCCUUCUAAUGGUGAGCCUCCACCCAAAACCAUCUACUUUUCCCUGUACUGCUUGUUGCGUUCGAUCCUCAAAAUCCCAGCCCCAGCCGCGAUCCGACCGCCGCCGCCGCCGCCGCAAAUGGCCGCCAAGCUUGGUUUACCGAGAUUCUUAACCGUCCAGCUCAGGAAGCCGUUCAUGUCUGUCUCUUCUUUACCGUCUUCUGCUCCCGGAGCUCAUUCGAUCGAUUUUGGAGCCGGAAAGUUGUGUUUCCGCGGCAGACGAGUGGUUAUUGUUCCUAAAGCUACCACCGAUCAGCCUGGUCAGGUUCAAGAAGGUGAUGUUGUUGAUAGCAAUGUCUUGCCUUAUUGUAGCAUUGAUAGAAAGCAGAAAAAGACUAUAGGGGAAAUGGAACAAGAAUUUCUUCAGGCGCUUCAGGCUUUCUAUUAUGAAGGAAAAUCUAUCAUGUCUAAUGAAGAAUUUGAUAAUCUCAAAGAAGAACUCAUGUGGGAGGGAAGCAGUGUUGUAAUGCUAAGUGCUGAUGAACAGAGAUUUCUGGAAGCUUCAAUGGCAUAUGUAUCGGGUAACCCACUUAUGUCGGAUGAAGAAUUUGACAAACUUAAACAGAAACUUAAGAUGGAUGGGAGUGAAAUUGUUGUUGAGGGUCCUCGAUGCAGUCUCCGCAGUAGAAAGGUUUACAGUGACCUUAAUGUUGACUAUCUCAAGAUGUUUCUUCUGAAUGUUCCAGCUGCAGUUGUUGCAUUAGGAUUGUUUUUCUUUCUGGAUGAUUUGACUGGAUUCGAAAUUACCUAUCUCUUAGAGCUUCCGGAGCCUUUCAGUUUCCUUUUCACGUGGUUUGCAGCAUUGCCCCUCAUACUAUGGUUAUCAUUUACCAUAACAAAUACCAUUGUGAAAGAUUUUCUGAUCCUGGUGGGCCCCUGUCCCAACUGUGGCACAGAAAACACUUCAUUCUUCGGGACUAUAUUAUCAAUAUCUAGUGGCGGUUCCAUAAAUAACGUAAAAUGCUCAAAUUGUGGGACUGAGAUGGUGUACGAUUCUAAGACACGACUAAUUACAUUGCCUGAAGGAAGUGAGGCAUGACUUCCAGAUUCACAAUGUGGCAUAGCAUGGAUGUGAUAAAAUCAGAGGAUGUGUAGAUACUGUGAAUGUGAGCACGUAAAGAAAGUGAGUCCAUAGAUACUGUGUAAGCACUGCAAGAAUGGUUUGAGUGUGAAAUAGAAGUACCAUGAGUCGGAAAUCAUAUGUACAUUGGUCGAGUGAGAUUGGUAAGCUCAAAUGGUUUGUAUGAUAGCUAUUUUAGUUCGUAUGAUGACAAAACACUUUUGAGUGUCGAUACCUUAUAGUAUUCGAGUGCCAUCUUGUACUGAUCGUGUCUCUAUUUAUACUCUGCUGCUCUUUGGAGAAACUUUUUCAUGUAAUGUGCUAUGCCCAGUAGCAGAACUUAUGGUGUCUACUUGAAACUCAGACCCGGCUUGGACAAUGAUGCAUCUUAGUCACUGAUUCAACUGUCAGUCAUUGGGUAAAUUGCAGAUUGAU